AUGACAGUGAAAUGUGUGAUAUUUCUAAUCGUGACAUUUUGUAUUUUGGAAUUGUGUGCGUUGAAGGCAGGUGACGAAGGGGUGUGUAUAGUGAAGUCGAGUAUCAAAAGAACACGAACUAGAGUGGUCACGUUUUACAAAUGGUGCGGAAAGAAAAAAUGCAUCGCCCGGACGUCCAAACCGGAGACGUACUGGAUAACAACGAAUCAGACAGUUUGCUGCGAAGGCUAUGUCUACAACGGCGAGGAGGAUACGUGUACCCCGCAAUGUACAGGCUGCCUUGGAGGCCGCUGUACCGCCCCGAACGUCUGCCAAUGCGACCCGCCUUCAUACCUUGAUCCAGAACAGAAAAACUGCAUCACACCUACUUGUACCCCGCCGUGCGUUAACGCACAAUGUGGUCAAAACAACACCUGUCAUUGCAAAACAGACUUUAAUGUCUACAACGAAACGCAUUGUUUCAAAUGCGAAGAGGGACACGAAAUAAAUUCAAACUUCGAAUGUGUCCCGAUUUGUAUUGAGAAAUGCGUCAAUGGUAAUUGUGUCGCGCCAAACACGUGCUCUUGCCUGCCAGGAUUUAAAGCUAAGGAUGCGUCUACAUGUGAACCUGUGUGCGCAAAAUGCGUCAACUCCAAAUGCACAGCACCAGACAAAUGCGAAUGUUUAGACGGUUAUCUUAAAGUGAAUGACAGUUACUGCAAACCGAAAUGUGAUAAAUGUGACGGAGUGUGCAUCAAGCCUAACGUCUGUGAGUGCCGCGAAGGAUUUUCGAAAAUUAAGGGUGUGUGUACACCUACAUGUAAUGUUACGUGUGUGAACGGCGUGUGUACGGCGCCUAACGUGUGUUCGUGCUAUGACGGGUACGUGAAGAGAACUAACUCCUCAAUUUGCUACAAGCCUUGUAAUGGAUGCAAGGGAACUUGUAGAGAUGGAGAAUGUGUUGAAAAGGACUGCUCGUUUACACAAUCGUAA